GAUAAACUCAAUAUUGUGUAGAUACUCUCUGUUUUUAGACGACUUAAGUUGUGCGCUUCGGAAGCCUAGGUUAAUAAAUUCACGCAAGCGAAUAAAUUCAUUAAGAAUUGAUAUAACCACCUGUGGUUUUCGGUUUUUAAUAACAAUUUGAUAACAAUUGAACUAUUUAAGUGCGAGUGGUAUCCCCUUCCUUUUGAAGCUCACACCUAAAAACUUGUUUUGAGUUUACCAAGUAGAGCGAGGUGUUUGUGCGUUUGUGUAUACAUACAAACAUAUGUAAAAGUCUUCAGAAAUUCCAGCGCAACUUACAAAUUGCACUGCAGAAGCACUUGCAUUGUUAGUUUGAGAUAUUUAAAUGAUAUAAUUUAAUCGCCAAAACUGAUAACAAAUCACAGCCAUUCAAAAUGGCACUGUGCAGUAUGCCGGGCAAGGGUAACAACCGCGAUCGCAUAAGGGAUCCCCGCGAGGAGAUUCUGCUCGAGACGAACUUUGAGGACGAUGGCGGAGUGCUGACGCGUGCCUACAACGGGAAUCCGUACAAUCCGUCCAUCCAGAACCGAAGGCGCAACUCGUACCGCUCGGAUCACUCCUUGGACAGGUACACAGAGCGCGGAGGCGAAGGAGAAUGCUGCCAAUCAUGCAUGGCGCGUAUUCCCUACGCCACCCUGAUAGCGACUCUCAUGUGCCUUCUGGGAGUGGGAAUCUUCUGCUUCACCAUGUACCGAGGAGCUUCUCUCACGAUCAUCAUGUUUGACCAGGUCUUCCACCUGCGACUGAUAUGGAUCGAGGCGGUACAGAUGAUAUUUGUAAUAAUUGGAGCUGGCAUGGCGGCCCUCGGAUUUAUGAUUCUCUUCGUCGGAUUCUUGGCCACCGGUGCCACAAGAUACAAGGUUUACAGGGCGUGGCGGUCGCGAGUGGGUGGACGGAUCUCGUGCGCCGUUCUUAUGGGAAUAACCUACCUGCUAAACUUCGUCUGGAGCCUGAUCCUGUGCUUCCUGGUAGUCGUGACUUUUAUUUAUACGAUGUUCUGGAACAUGUGCUCUAGUGUGGAGCACUCUCAGAGCUGCAUUGAUUUGACACAAUUCCAUUUCAUGUUUCCGCCAAACACGAAACUCGAGGAUAUGAAGGUCUGCGAGAAGUACGAGAUAAAGGCUUUUUGCAAAGACGGAGUGGAAAACGCUGAGGUCAUGUUUAUUUUGGCCACGCUAUCCACCCUGUUGGUGCUGCUCAGCCUGGUUCACUAUCUGAUGUGCCUGUCUGCCAACUAUGCCCAUAUUAGGGAUCACGAGAAAUUCCAGGAGCUGCAGGAAAUUCAAAACCUAAACGAACUGGAGUACAGUGCUACUUCGAAGGACCGGUUCUAGGACAUAUUUCAGAAGAUUCAAUUUGAGCUUAAAGAGAAGUCCACCGCUAUUUGAGCGAUUAAUUCACCAUACAACGAACAGCGAACAAAAUUCCAACGAAACCACACAAGCUAUAGUUAAGACUUUUUGUUUAGACCUAAGAUUAAAGUUGAUUUUGAAGUUUAGCAUGUUCAUUCAAUGAGUUAGUGGCUGCAACUAUAUUUUAUGUUUAAAAAUUUCCAUAUAAGUAAGCAGUUCUAUCUAGCGAAAUCUGCCAAAUGAAAAGAUCCCACUGACAUGCUGCUUUUUAUAUUAUGCACUCUUUUACUAACAUUAUUUUCCGUCCAUUAUAUUAAGUUACUUAAGCUUACUUUUGUCACUUUGUUUCUGUUUGUCAUAACCCUGCUAGAAUUAAUCCAUACAGGUAAAUCCACAUAAACGACAAAUGCUUAUGCUCAAAUUGAUUCUUCUGAAUUGCCGAAUGCAUUUUAUUAAAAUACCAAUACGUUAGUUAAUCGCAACUUAUCAUUAUAUAGUGUAAUCCAUCCGUGCAUGAUUUACCUUUCAGAUCUGUACAUGUCAUUACUUCAACAUGUGUAUAUUAACUAUUGCAUCUAAAACUUGAAAGCAAUACGAAUCCUGCCGUAGUAUUUUGUAAAUGCGGUAGCAUCAGUUUUGUAAGGCAACGUUAAUCUAAAGAUUCGACUAAGCAUCUUGUAUUUAAUAUAUACACCGACGUAAUAAUAAUAAUAUAUUUUAUACUACAAUUUUCUAACCUCACACUUAUACAAAAGGGUAGGAUAUCAUAAGAGUGUUUACACAUAAACUUUUAAACAAUGAAUAAAAUAUUUGAGUUAAAUCAA